UCUGUAGUAUAAUGAAAGAAGCACAUUUUCUGAAAAUUAGAUCGGGAAAAAUUAUGAAUUAAAGUUUAUAUUGAGACGAGGAAAACAGUUCAUAGCUUUAUGAAAACUGCCUGUCAAUUUUUUUUACCUUGAUGAUGCAAGGUUAACAGUAAACAUGUGCAGCAGUUAUUGAUACACAUAUAUAUUUGUUUGAGUUCCAACCUUUUCUUACUGUUGUUGACCAGGUGGGUUAUAUCCUAACUACAUAAUGCCUAUCCCACUUGAAACUCAAAAGAAAAGGCAGGAGUUGAAAAGGGACCUUUAUAAACUUCUGGUGGAAUACUCAGAUGGGAUCUUAAAAGUUAAUGUCUGGCCACUUCUUAUGUCAAAGACAACACUAAGAUUGAGUAAUUCUGAAUUCAGAGUGGGGUCUAUGCAUGCUAUUUUUGGACUAUUUGAGGAUAUGGUACAUGAAGAGAAAAGAGAUGGUAAAACAUAUAUCUGUUUAAAUCACCAUUUUUCCUUUGAGUCCAAUAAUGAGGUACAACAGAGAUUAAUGAGGUCCAUGCCACCAAGUACUGCUGGUCCAGUAUCCUCUCAAGUCUAUGUAGCUACUCCUGUACAUGUACAGCCUUUGAUGAGUAUGCCAACAAGUAGACUAAGUAAUGAUUCAUAUAUACCAUUUGGGAGCCCAGCUCAGCAAGCACCACAGAUGGCAUCCAAUCCUUAUUUAGCUCAUCAAAUUGGAAAUGUGGGUCCAAGGAUGGCUGGAUUUAGAACAUCAGGUCCAAUACCUUCUCUUCUUCCACCUCCUAUAGUCCAGCAUCCUGGACCAGAGAUAAAUAGGGUUGAACAAAAUGUGGCUAGAUGGGGAGACUGCUCUGAACCUGGAAACGACUCAGAUUCAGACGAUUCAGAAGAAGAAAAUCUAAAUAGACCAAACACUAUUUCCAAUAAUUUGAUAAAGAUGAGAAUAGUUGAUAUACUAACAAAGACUGGACCAUUGAAACAAAAGCAAUUACGUGAGCAAUAUAGGAAUAAGUAUAGUGCAUCAUUUGUUCAACAUGCUGGUUAUGGAAUUGGUCAGGUAGGACAGAAGUUUCCUGAUGCCAUUGAAAAAUUUAUACCAACACCAGGUGGCAGGAAAAAAAAGUUUCGAGUGAAACCAAAAUUUCAGGAAGGGUAUUUGAAACGUAAAUGUCCAGUUCAGACUUGGAACCAGUUGAUUAAGCAAGAAGAAGAGAUGGACUCUACCACAGAUUUACCACAGAAACCAGUUAUUGACUUAACAGGUGAGAGUGUUAUUGAUUUAACUGCUGAUACCCCAAACUUCCUUUCUCUGAGCACUUUCAAAGACGCAGCUGGACCAUCCACAAUCUGUACAAUAAAUCAAAGAGGACAAAAGGGCCGAAACAGAUCGUUAGAAAGACAGGGCAGAGACAGAUCACUAUCCAACAGUAGAGGACAAGACCACUCUAUGGAAGGUUACAUUCAGCCUAGUCAAGGUCAUUUACAACCAACAAUUGAUGCUCCAGCAUCGUAUGAGUCUUUACAUGCAAACGCAAGACCAAUUAAUAAAAAGAGGUUUGAAGAAAAAGAAUUAAAUGUAGCACCAAUGAGAAGGAUGAAUAGAUAUCAAAGACCUACAACAGAGCAAGUUGAAAACUGUGCCCAAGAAUGUAUAGAAAUUAUAGCAGAAUCUAAUAGCUAUGUAUCACAGGAGAGAAUUGAAAAACUACUUUUGCAGAGAUUUCAUGUGAGAAACUUAAUGGAAAUAGGGCCUCGUUUUAUUGACCAAAUUGGGUGUGUACAUGAACAUAAUAGAAUAAUGGCAAAGAUCAAUGCUUAUGUUCAGGCCUUUCUCAAGGUCAGAACAAUUUGUACACUUCAUGAACUUAAAGAUUGCUUGAAAGAAUAUGCACCAGGUAAAUCUGAUUUCAACAAGUUGAAUUUGGGGCCGUUACAAAGACUACCAAUUAUAUAUCAGAUGUUCAAAUUUCCAACUGAUAUAGAAGAAAUCCCUGAGAUUACAACCUUAGAUGUUCUGGAGCAUUUAAGGAAUUAUUUAACUAAGAAACAGAAAUGGACUGACAGAAUUGAUCUACAAGAUUUCAUGGAAUAUCUUGUGGACCAGUAUGACGCUGAGGAUGCUUUCCAACUUGGUGUUAGAAUUAGAAGUCUUGUAUUAGGUGUACAGGUUCUGAAGACAGCACAGAGACACACUGGUCAGACAAGAAGAAUGGUUACUGAAGGAUUCAAAGAUCAAUUACAGAAGGACAUUGAGUCAGUUUUACAGAAAUUUAGAAUGACAGUCAUGCACACUACAACUGACGGUACAUGGGAAGUUAGAAACCAUUACAUGAAACUUUCUCCGGAAAUGGCCAUUAAAGAAAUAUUUCAGAAGUUUCACCUUAUAAUGUCAAUUGAUGAACCUUCAACAGAUUCAACAAAACCAGACAAAAAAUCAAAACAAGAGAGAAAACGUCAGCAGAAGAUAAAAACUGCAAUAACUACUUUUCUUGAUACUGUGAAAGAUGAUGUGAUGGCCAGAACUUUGUUUCAUCUGGCUAUUUGUGUCAGCAAUUCUGUACUUGAGGAGUCCGCCUUGGAAAUAUUGGCACCAAAUGAUGAAGAAAGUGUGGUGGAAAUAGUGGCAGAGGAGGAGAGAAUUAAACCACCUAAAGCUACUGUUCUAAACUUACUUAAGAAGUAUCUUGACCGCUGUCUUCAACAUGGAACUUUGAAUCUAUCAUUACUUGACAAGAUUGAAGAAAAGAUCACAGAGGAGUGUAACUUUCCCUCCUUUGUUGAAAUAGGUUAUGGAAGAUUUCUACACUUUACCUUACAGGAGGCUAAAGGGGUACUAGAGGAGAUUGGAGGGACAUCAGUAGGUUCAGGGACAGGUAGCAGUGAUACAGAUAGUGGUUACAAACCUUCUCAUACAGAUGUACUCAGCUUUAUCCAUCAAUGUAUACAAUGUGGAAAGGACUUGGAAGAAGAUAUAAAUGCAGCUUUAUGUAAUCAGUUCAAUGUAAAGGAGACCAAACAUUUAGGCUAUGGGAAGAUAACCAAUCUGAUGACAGCAUCAAAGAAACCAGGUCAACAUCAAUAUCAAGAACACUCAUUGGUGUUUGAAGUUGCCAUGGGAACUGAUGUCAGGAAAAGUCAGAUAACAAAGAUAGGAAUGUUAGGCCAUCAAACCAGAGAAGCUGCCCUUGCCUGCCUACAUAAUUGCCCACUAUUAGGAGAUAUGGAGAUAUGGAGUCACUGGUCUCUUGUGUUUGAACCAGAACUGGGCAAACUGAAAGAUUUCAUUCAGAAAUAUGGAGGAACAAAUACUCUUCCUGUUGAUGGUGGUAAAAAAUUAUUUACAUACCAUAUUGCUGCCUUGGAAACAACACCAGGAGUUUUACUGAAGUUGACCAGCCAAACUUCCACAGAAUUGUUUGAGGAGGCCCUGAUGCAAAAGAACCCCAGAAAUGUGUGUGGACAAUUGAUGUCUCUAAUUGUGGCAAAUAAAGGGAUGAAGAAUUCUCCGCUGGCUCUCAUAGCAAAUCAGAUGAAAUCUCAGUUGUUUACCAUGCAUGCUAACGAUACUGAUGACAGUCUACCUGGAGCACCACCAUCAGACAACCGUACAGAUGCAGCUGUUCAGUUUGUCCUGGCAUGUCUGGUUAAUUUACCUGUUAAAACUUGUGUCUCAUUAGCUAAUCAGAUAUUUUUGGAGCCAUUAGGCCAGGUGGUUGGAUCAUCUAAAUCCAAGUCUUUAUUGUUAUCUGCAUGUCAGACAGCAGACGACACUAACAGACUACAGGAACUAGGAUGUAUGUUAGGGGUAGGAGAAUGGACGAGUCAGAUACAACAGAAAUGUCAGAUAAAGAUAACAGAUGUAGAAAUUAUACCAGAGGAGGAGGCUGAGAUGAUUGUUCUGGAUGAUAAUGACGGAGAGGAAAGUGAUGAGGACAGUGAUGUAGCAUCAAUAGCUUCCCUGAGUUCCAUUCUAUCUGAUGGUGAAGAUGAUGAUGUUCAGAUAGUUUCAAUGGAAAAAGCAUCAGUUGUUAAGAAAGAAACAAAGCAGGAGAUAAAAGAAAAAGAAGGAUCAGUAGUGGUUGAGUUAUCAACUGGUGACGAGGACACACAAACAGAACCUGAUAUUGAAGAUGCAGAAUUCAAAAUAAUUGAUGAAUUAGAUGAAGAGGACAACAAGACACUUACAUCAGAAACCAAGGAAACAGAAGACGAAAAAGAUAAAACAGCUGCAGCAGAAACAGACGAUUCAGAUAUGGAAAUCAUCACUGAAGAAGAGGCUCAAGCAAAACAAUCAAAUGCCUGUGAGAAAGUUGUAAAUACUAUUCGUAAAGAAGAAUUUGGAAUCGGUAUAGAAUUAAAUGAAGAUGGACAAAGAUUGAAAAGAGUUCAGGAUGAGAGACUUGGUAGAAGUUUAGACCGUUUGUCAAAAGAUUUGUACAGUAAAGAUACUCACUUUGUGUUGGAAUUGAUACAGAAUGCAGAUGACAAUGAUUACCCAGAAUUCUUAGCUAGAAAUGGACAGAUGGCUUCUGUGAAGUUUGUUAUGCAAACAGAUGGAGUGAUUGCCCUUAACAAUGAGAGUGGAUUUGUAGAGAAAAAUAUCCGAGCACUUUGUGAUGUAGGAAGAAGUACAAAAGGAAAACACAAAUUUGGAUAUAUUGGUCAAAAAGGCAUAGGGUUCAAGUCAGUGUUCCGUGUGACAGAUAAACCAGAGGUGCAUUCUAAUGGCUACCAUAUCUGUUUUGAUGUACAGAGUGGACCAAUGGGGUACAUUCUACCACACUGGGUAGAUGAUAAAUGGGAAACAAGUGAAAGUUGGACAACAAAGAUAGUCCUUCCCUUGAAAGAAGAGAUGAAGAUUCAUAUGAGAUCAUUAGCUGCCAGAUUUAAUGACAUACAUCCAUCUUUACUGCUGUUUUUACACAGAUUGAGAGAAAUAACUAUUGAUAACAAGGUAGAAAAUUCGUCCCAGGUGAUGAGGAGAAAUGAUCUAGGUAAUGGUGUGGUAGAAAUAAAACACAACGAUGGAACAGACCGAUGGCUGGUCGUCAAGAAAAUGUUGGAUGCUUCAAAAAUAUCUCUCCAGGCAAAAUCUGGAGUUGAAGUGGAAUCUACAGAGAUAGCUUUGGCGUUCCCUCUGUUAGACCAGUCCAUUUUAAGUAAGGUUAUGCCCCCUAAACAGCCUGUUUUUGCUUUCCUGCCUCUAAGAAGCUAUGGAUUCAGAUUCAUAAUUCAAGCUGAUUUUGAUGUUCCAUCUAGUAGAGAGGAUGUGGAUAGAGACAGUGCAUGGAAUCAGUGGAUUAGAAAUGAAAUCCAUAAACUCUUCUUAGAAGCUCUUGAAGUUUUCAAGAGUCAUAAAGAGUUUACUGGAAUGAAGGCCCUGAUCAACUUUCUACAGUUUGUCCCAGUAGAAGAUGAGAUCCUUGAUUUCUUCAGACCAGUUUCAACACAAAUUUUGAAACAGCUAAGGGCUAAACCUUGUCUACCUACACAGCCAAAUAAUAAAGGUGUUGUGUCUUGGAAGUUACCUACACAAGUUGUCACAGUAAAGGAUGCACUCAUCCGUGAAGUCGUCACACCUGAGUUCUUACAGAAACAUUUUGACCUUUUCUACCUCCAUAGAGAAGUUACAGACAUGUUGAACCCAACCUUGAUACAGUGUCUAGGGAUAGAAUCUCUAACCACUAAUCACCUGAUACAGAUUGGAAAGGCUAUAACAAACAUAGGCAAUACUGAAAUAGAUCCCAAUGCCAGGAUAUUUCUAAUAGCCAAAUGGUUAGCCUGUGUGUAUCGUAGCUUGGAUGAAUUCCAUGACAACCAGGAGAUUUACAGUGAGCUAAAGAAGAUGAAGAUGGUACCUCUGGCUUCACAAGUCUAUAUAUCUUUGGAGGAGAAUACAGUCUUCUUUCCUCUAUCGCUGGAAGAGAUCAAAAGAUCCCAGCAACACAAAGAUCCUCUGUCUUAUCUACAAGAAGAUAUGAAUACUAUCCAUCCAUGGUUUCUGUCAGCACCCGACAAUGAAGUCAACUCACAGGUUCAGAAAAUGUUGGCCAAACUGAAUGUCUGUCAGUUAACACCACAUGACGUAAUCAACCAUCAUAUACUUCCUGUUUUAAAGUCAGAUAUGUGGAAGACAAAAAGCAGGGAAACAUUGAUAAGCUACCUUGUCUACAUCAAAGACCAGACAGAUAAGAACAGUUCAUUGGUCAACAUGGAUGAGCUAGCUAAUGUUGCCAUAGUGAUGACCAAUCAGGGUGAAAAAAAUCCUCAAAAGGAUAAUGUUCAUUUCACGCCCGUAUAUGGAAACAAAUAUAACUUGGUACAGACAUUCCCAGGAUAUGACUGGAUCCUGUUAGACAGUGUUUAUAUACAAAACAUGGCCAAUCAAGUUGAAAAACAAAAAUGGCACAAGUUUUUCUCAAGGCUGGGUGUCACUGAUUUCAUCACUGUUAGACCUGUACAAGUAGAGCUGGAUUCUGAAUCAGUGAAAGAAAGUGCUUGGUCCUCUAUAGAACAGUUGUACCCUGAAGACUUUACAGAGGGAUGUGUUAUAGAAGAUUAUAGCUGUGACGAAAUAAGAGAUCUACUGAAAUCUAACAAGUGUCCUCAGAAAUAUGAACUUCAGAUGAAGUCCCUUUGUGAAUACUUGGAUCAGGUCUGGGAUACACAGUUUGUAAGGUACACAAAAACAAAACUAGUCAGAAAGGACAACAAACAAGAGAGGGAUGUUGAAUCCUCCUUCUGUAUCUGGCUGAAAACUUGUGACUGGUUACCUGCCCUAGCAGUGAAGGCAGAAGUUACCAGUAAUGAUAUCAUUAAGUAUACAGAAGAGAUUUGUCGGAUGAAACCAUCAGUAUUGUAUUAUCCAUUUCCAGACAUUGUGAAGUUGUUGUAUUACACAGUGACAUAUGUCGAUGUGAAUUUCAACACUGAUAAAAGUACAUUUGCCAGAUUUCUGGGUUUGAAAUUUGAGGUGUCGUUAGAUGAUUUGAUAAACAGUUUGAAAAAAUGGGGUCAAAGGUCAGAUGGUGAUACCCCAGCAAAGUUUCCAACAUCACAUCAGCACAUAAUCUCAUUUUACAAUCAUCUAAGUGAAAAUCUGACAAAGAAACAGAUUCAAGACCUUUUAGACAAGGAACCAGUUGUUUUUGUUCCAGUAACGACAAGAGGGUAUGAUAAAGGAGAUUUAUUCAAACAAAAAUUUGAUGUGGAUGUUGCUGGUCAGAUGCUUUGCCGACAGGAAGUGUGGUGGGAAGACAAAACCGGUUUAUUCCAGAAAUAUCAGGAAAUUUUGACAGAAAUUCAUGCAGACAUUGGCAACAAGAAGAUACUUUCAAGCUAUGCAAAGUAUUCUGUGUCAUCAGGUCUGAAAGAAUUUUUCAAAACUGGAAGAAUUCAGAUGUGUCCUGAUGUUGAAGAAUAUGCAGAACUAUUGGUUCAUGUCGCCGGUGCACAAAAUCGAGUGGAGGCUGAGACAUUACAGGAUGUGAUGAAAAUAUUGUCAAUGAUUGGAGAACUUAUGUUUAUUGAUGAAAAUGAUCCUGAGAAGGACACGAAGAAACUUGUCUGUGACAGUAAAAAGAAGAAAAUAUUAAAUAUCUUUAAAGGACAGAACAUAAUACCAACCAAAAGAAAAACAUGGACAUCUCUUGAAAAUAAGCCUCUGAUGGCUGAUAGCAAGGAAUAUGAGACAAUAUUUGAGAAUCAUGAGAAAGUUCAUUUUGUUCUGGUGGAGGAAUAUGAGCAGAGAAAGAAGUACUAUCAGACAGAAGGUGGAUCUUACAAGAUAAAUAAAGAAGCAAUGAUGAGCGUAAUCAGAAUGUGUGAGAUUGAAGACCUGAGUGCCAUUGUUGAGGAACAGAUCAUUUUUGACAUGUAUAUACCGUGUCCAAAGCUACAGGCUUACAUGGUACAGUGUGUACCAUUGUUACAGAAGUUCCUGUAUAAUAAUUAUGCCAGUGUCUAUAACUAUGGAAGUAUAUACCAGAAUUUAAUAUCAGCUGGUAUAGUGGAAACAUUGGCCAAGCUUAGAUGUGUUGAGACAAACAAACUGGAAGUGAAAUAUUGGUUUAAACAUGAUCAAGACAUUUAUGCCAUCAGACCAGAAAAUUGCACAUUGAAAAAUGAAGAAUUUAUAUUCCAUAAAGAUGCUGUAGAAUCCUAUGGUGAAAUAAACAAGGUCAUAGCAAGGGUAUUCAGUAACAAUGACAGUGGAUGUUUCAGGGAAUUAAGAAAUUUUCUGACUGAUGUACACAGCUGUAUAUUAGGACAAACACGUGAAACUAUAGACCGAUGUCUGAAUAGGUACAAUGCUAGAUAUAUGCCUGACGGAGAAGUUGUUUGGUCUGUUCCUCCUCCAUUGUUACCAGAACCUGAACCCGAGCCUGAACCAGAACCAGAGCCUGAACAUGUUGCUGAAGUACAUCUGGAAGAAGGCGACAUUAAGGAUAAAGAAUGUGGAGAGCAAAAAGUAAACAAGCGGAAGGAACAAGAUCCUAACCAAAUGAGGGCUUGGCCACCAAUGUCUGACGGGAAAACUCAUCCUCCUAGACCAAAAAUGAACAUGAUGAAUAGAGAGAACAAAGAAUCCAAAGUAUGGCCUCCUCCACGAGCUCCAGAUUAUAUGAAAUCAGUGAAAGACUUACCCUCUGGUGUUAGAGUAAUGGAGGACGUACCAGAAGGAGACCAAACAUCAUCAGAAUUUGGUACUCAGAUUUAUAGGAGACCUGGUGAAGCACAAUAUGGAGAAAGUGAGCAUCAAGAAUAUGAAGGUCAGAUGCCAGUUUCAGCCGUUGGUAGGUCCUCAUUUCUAUUUCAAGAUGGAGAUCAACCUAUACCUUUCCUGGAGGAAAUUACACCAAACAUGGACCAAGAUGGUGGUCAGACUAUACAUCCACAGGGUGAUGGUCAACAUCCUUCAACCUCAUAUCAAGGCAUUGUUCCCCUCGGUGAACAUGCUGGUAGCCAUGGAAACAUGGGAGAUAACCAAAACAAACAACAUCAAGAGGGUGCAUAUUACUCCACCCCUCGAAGAGAUGGAAGUGUUCUAAUACCUGAACAAGAUGGCAGUUCUUUAGGAAAGAGGCGUCGUGCAGAGUCUGGAGGUAGUGAUUCCUCCCAGAACCAACCAUCUGCAAAGAAGCCUGAUCUUAGGCUAGGUAUGCCAGUAUGGGAGCAAGAACUAGGAGAAUAUGAAGAAGAAGAACUAGCGACUAGUACUGGAUUGAAAUUGCCAACUAGUUUGUUGAUGCCCAGUAGUGAAAAGACCUCUGACAUGCCAGAGAUUGGUAGGUUAGGAGAACUUACAGUGUAUCAGUAUUUACUUAAUGAAAUGGACCAGAAUCCUACCGUAACAUUUGUGAACUGGUGCAAUGAAGAUGAGGAGCUGGGUCAACCAUAUGACUUUGAAGUAGGCGUAGUGACUGAAGACCAGGAAUUUACUGUUUACAUUGAAGUUAAAAGUACGCUAUCUAGUACAAAGGAAAUUUUUGAAAUCUCAUAUCCCCAGAUCAAGUUUGCCCAAGAGAACAAAGACAAAUUCCAUGUAUAUAGAAUCUUCAAUGCAGAUAAUCCUGAUAAAGUGAGAUUGGUCCGUAUACAGAACUUAGCAGAGAAAAUCAAUGCCAAGCAAGUCAGGCUAUGUUUGUUGAUAUAAAUUAGCAAGUGUUUGUUGAUAUAAAUCAGCGAUUGUUUGACAAACAUGUUCAGUAUUGUUGUGUAAAGAUGCCAUGUUUUUUGUAAAAUAAAUGAAUCAUUCUACAUAGUUACAUGCAUGAAAUUUUCAUAAGUAUCCUCAGCACAUAUAUAGUGUAGACUGAGUGUAAUUGUUGGUCAUAGUAUUGUUGUUAAGAUAUAUCUGUUAAUUUUUUUAUUAGCUCACCUGGCCCGAAGGGCCAAGUGAGCUUUUCCCAUCACUUUGCGUCCUGCGUCGUUGUCAACUUUUACAAAAAUCUUCUCCUCUGAAACUACUGGGCCAAAUCAAACCAAACUUGGCCACAAUCAUCAUAGGGGUAUCUAGUUCAAAAAAUGUGUGGCGUGACCCGGUCAACCAACCAAGAUGGCCGCCAGGGCUAAAAAUAGAACAUAGGGGUAAAAUGCAGUUUUUGGCUUAUAAAUCAAAAACCAAAACCUUUUGAGGAAAUUUGACAUGAGAUAAAAAUGUUUAUCAGGUCAAGAUCUAUCUGCCCUGAAAUUUUCAGAUGAAUCAGUCAAUUGGUUGUUGGGUUGCUGCUCCUGAAUUGGUAAUUUUAAGGAAAUUUUGCUGUUUUUGGUUUUUAUCUUGAAUAUUAUUAUAGAUAGAGAUAAACUGUAAACAGCAAUAAUGUUCAACAAAGUAUUAUCUACAAAUAAGUCAACAUGACCGAAAUUGUCAGUUGACCCGUUUAGGAGUUAUUGCCCUUUAUAGUCAAUUUUUAACCAUUUUUUCGUAAAUCUUAGUUAUCUUUACAAAAAUCUUCUCCUCUGAAACUACUGGGCCAAAUUAAUCCAAACUUGGCAACAAUCAUCUUUGGGGUAUCUAGUUUUAAAAAUGUGUGGCGUGACCAGGUCAACCAACCAAGAUGGCCACAAAGGCUAAAAAUAGAACAUAGGGGUAAAAUGCAGUUUUUGGCUUAUAACUCAAAACCAAAGCAUUUAGAGCAAUCUGACUUGGGGUGAAUUUGUUUAUCAGAUCAAUAUCUAUCUGCCCUGUAAUUGGAAGAUGAAUCUGACAACCUGUUGUUGGGUUGCUGCCCGUGAAUCGGUAAUUUUAAGGAAAUUUUGCUGUUUUUGGUUAUCAUCUUGAAUAUUAUUAUAGAUAAAGAUAAACUGUAAACAGCAAUAAUGUUCAGCAAAGUAGGAUCUAUAAAUAAGUCAACAUGACCAAAAUGGUCAAUUGACCCCCUAAGGAGUUAUUGUCCUUUAUAGUCAAUUUUUAACAAUUUUCAUAAAAUUUGUAAAUUUUUAAUUAACAUUUCCACUGAUACUACUGGGCCAAUUUCAUUAUAGAUAGAGAUAAUUGUAAGCAGCAAGACUGUUUAGUAAAGUAAGAUUUAAAAACACAUCACCAUCAACAAAACACAAUUUUGUCAUGAAUUCAUCUGCUUCCUUUGUUUAAUAUUCACAUAUACCAAGGUGAGCGACACAGGCUCUUUAGAGCCUCUAGUUUGAAUAAUUUAUGAUCAUCCUAGAUAUUUUUUCCUUAAAAAACUUGUUGAGACAGCUUCAAUGUCAUUUUCAGCUUAACUUACACAAGCAAGCAGUCAGGCUGUUGUUUACAAGAGGGUUUAGUCAUUAGUCAACUAGUUUCCUUCAACACUUGUUAAUUAUUAUUUUAUCAUUAAUGGAUAUUGAUUGAUAUGACUUUUAUGACUAUUCAAAAGAAUACAGGAAUAUAAGCAGCUAAUUUGUCACACUACAUAGAAUAAUAAAGUUUUUCUAAACAUACGAUUUUUUUUCAUCAAAAUCAAUGUUGUUACAUUAUCAUUUAUUAGAAACAUCUUUUUUUAUAUAUCUUUUUAAAGUUUGUUAAGUGCAUAUGUCACUCUAUACACUUUUAUAUUUAGUGUUUGUUGUAAAUAACUUUGUAUUCUCUGCCCACUGUCUUGCCUGCAAUGAGACAAAGAAAACCUAUAUGAUUUACACUAAAAUACGAUUUUAAUUUUUGUGAUAUUGAAAACUAAAUCCUGUUUAAUUUAUAUAAAAAAGUUCAAAAUGUGAGUUUAAAUUAUUGCGAUUAUAACCCUGUCACAAUUUGAGCAAAAAUAAAAACAUCGCAAUAAUUUCUGAAUUUACAGUAAAUAGAUCUUCAUAGCUUAAAAGAAUAUAUAUGCAUGAUAUAUAGAAUUCUACAUUUUUUUGAAACAUUUUAAAAUUCUAAAAUAAUAUUUAUGAUUGACAACCUCUGUUACCAAUUUUCAGUAAGUAGGGAAACUGUGUGACAUUUCUCCAUUUUGGACUACUAGCUUCAAAUUUGUUUCGCUUUCUGAGCUAGUGUCCAUGAUUCAGAAACACCAUAAGACCUGCAAGUGAAUUUUUAGUAGCAGAUUGAUAUCCAAUGAGCUAGAAUAAUGGCAGACAAAGGUAUGAAAAAACCUUUAGAUGCUGAUGCUUUUAGGAUUCAAUGGUUGGCAAUAUAGCUAGUUAUUUACCAACCUUAAACAUGGAACAGAAAGUUUUUGUUUGAAAUGAAAUAAUCAGGAAAUUUGGAAAACAAAAUUUAGUAAAGAAGAUCUGGCCAGGAGUCAGGACCAAUUUGAGGGCUGGUGAGGUAAAACAUGGAUCAGUUAAUUUUUAAUUGGCCUUUUGUGGUUUGUGAUUAUUCUGUGGUUGUAGUUGAUUUUUCUUUAAGAAACCUGAAUGAAAUUGGACAAAAAAUGUAACAGAAGGUUCUGAAUGAUCAAGAAAGUAUCAAGGUGAAAAGAUUUUUUUCUAGUAUUUUUUCAUGAUAAAUGCAAAUAGUGUUAUGCAACUAACAUAUGUUACCAAACCUUCAUAGUAUUUUAUUAAGCAUGAACAGAAGCUUCUUUGUGAUCAAGAUAUAGCAUCUUGAGAAAAGCUAACUUUUUGGUAUUUUUCCACAUUUUUCUGUCAGAUUACAUUACACAGAUAGAAGUAAUUGCAGGUGAGACACUUGGUCAUGUGAAACCCUUUUAUAUAUUUUGUAAUGACAUUAUGAAUUGUUGUUUAUUACUGUAAUGUUUAUUGAUGGAUACUUGUUUUGUUUAAUAAACGAAAUUUAUCAAUCUUUA